AUGGCGACACAAACAUUAAUAAAUGCAGAUGUUGACCUUGAUUUAAAACGCAAACGCAGUGAAACCUCAAGCGUGAGCGAACUAGAUACAAGUAGAACAAAAGGAAUUGAAGCAGAGGGAACAACGAAGGAAAAACAAAAAAAGAAGAAAUCCAAAAAAGCUGAGAUAAAUGAGGAUUCUGACAUGGCUGAUAUAAAAGAAAUAAUGAAACAGUGGAAGCAAAUAAACACUAAAUUAGAACGAUUAGAAAGCAAAAUUGAAAAGGCUGUACUAAAGGGUGAUGGGACAAUAAGAAGCAGCAUUAAGGAUCUUAUGACUGAAAUGAAGGAAGAUCUUUUGAAGUCUGUUACCAACAGAAUUGAGAUUCUUGAAGGGAAAUUGUUUGAAAAGGAAGAAAGUAGUGAAAAGCUUGCACAAAAAGUUACGGCGCUUGAAGAACAGCUAGAAAAGAAUAAAGAAGAAACAUUCAGAGUGAAUAAUCAGUUAGAUUUCGAACGUGAGAAACACAGAAAAUUUGAAAAUGAAAGUGAACAAUAUAGUAGAAUAAACAAUAUAAUAAUCAGAGGUUUACCAGACACAAAUCCUAGGGAGACAGCAGAAGAAACACUUACAAAAGUACAACAAUAUUUACAGGAUAAAGACAUUAUUGAGCUCAAGGCAAGUGAUGUAGACAUGGCACAUAGACUGCCAAACAAGAAGUCACAAAACAGGGAUGUGAUUGUCAAACUAGCUUCAAGAUUCAAUAAAAUGUGUAUUAUGCGAAACCGUAGAAAUCUUCGGGGCACUGGGGUCUUUGUAAACGAUGACUUGACACAGCUGAACUUGCACGUGCUAAUGUGUGUUAAAAAGAAAAUGAUUGACGAAGUGAGUGAAGCAUGGUUCAGUAGAGGAAAGAUUUUCUACAAAAACUCAAAUGGCCAAGUUCAUCUUGUCAAGUAUGAAGACUAUGACCAUUGGAUCGAUUUACCUUGGCCUUUUCAUAAAUAA